ACCUUUCUCCCCCUAGGCUGGUCCCCUUCAUUGGUCGGAAGCCCCCUCCCUCCCUUCCUCCUGGGCCGAGAACUUGAUUGGAGGCUUCUGACAGGCGGGGUCUUUGUCCUGGAAGCCCCCUCCCCCUCGCGUCCCACUGGUCUGGGAGAGUGGAUUGAGGCGGAGCCUGCGCCUUUGGGAAAGAAGGUUCCUUUCAGGCCUGCUCUCAGCUGCCCUGGGGAGCGAGGCUGGCGGUGCGGGGCUCCCUCCGGCCAGCGGCAAUGCUGGUGCCCAUGGGGCUCCUUGGUCUGGCCCUGCUUUGGGCACUGGCGGCCUUGACUUCAGGGAGAAUUCCAGAUUCCCUGGAGGAACAGGUGGCCUCCUGCCUGACAGCGUGCACAGGGUCAGCUGAUCCCCACCUCCUGGUGGGCACCAGAUUUACCUAUUGCUUCUCCACCAACACCAGCACAGGCCUGCAGAUGGCCCAGGUGGAGGGCAGUGGCCUUGGCCUGCAAGGCUUGGUCAUCCUCGACGUGCUUGGGCCAUGCCAGAUGGCCUUAUGGCUGCAAGGCUUCUGGGUGACCUCCAUCCUGGGCUCCGAGGCGGCAGCUCUGAAGGAAUCCCAGAGUUUGAGUGAAGAGGUGGCCUGGUGCCCCGCCCUGUGCCGCCACCUGCUCCGCUUCGUACUCCAUGCAGGGCGCGUGGCCCGCCUGUGUCCCCACCGCGCAGAGCAGCGCUGGGUGCUGAAUGUCAAGCGCGCUGCGCUGAGCCUCCUGCAGGGCCCCCCAGGGGCGCAUGGCCCAGAGACCAUGAGGAGGUGAGGCUGGGAGCCCGGGGAAGUGCAUGUCCUGGGCCGGUGUCCCACGACGUACUAGCCACGCGGUGCCAGGCUGCACAAGACCAAGGACCUGGCGUGUUUCCAGGCUGGGGUGCCAAGAGAUGCCUCCUGCACGGAGCCGGACACCGUGGGGCCCCUCUCUGGGGAGGCGAGUGCUGUGCAGGUGUGGACCCUUUCCUGGCACGUGCUGCACCAGAGGUCCCCGGAUCCGGCUGUCACAGGUGACCGAGGCGCGGGGCGCGAUGGAUGCACCCCUUGUUUCCCUUCUUUUGCUGUUAGCAGCACUGCCGUGUUUCCCUUGUGCGUGUCCCCCUCGCCUGUCAGCAGAAGCAUGCGGACGAAGCACUGGUGGGGGGUAGGGGUGGCCCCCGGGAACUUCUGCUCACUCUGGCGUUCCCCCAUUUGGUCAUUUCAUCCAGUACUUCCCAUCUCAGAUCCAGGUGAUGGAGACUUAACUCCGAGCGGCCUGUCGUAUGAGUGGGAAGAGACACUGUCCCCAGCUACUGUGCCCACAGUGGGAAUCAGGAGAAAGCUGUGCUUGGCUCACACCACAAGUUUAGAGGUAAGUAAGUGGCUUUCUCAGCCCCAGGUCAGAGUCUGUCCUGGGCCUGGGCCCCUGGGACACCUCCUUUCCCUGCCAGCUGCUUUAUGGUCCACCCUCCCAGAUGCCUGGCGACCUGCCCGGUUGCCGGGGACCAACCUCAUGGGCUUCAGCUCGGAAUGCCUCUGCCCCCCACUCCUGCCCCCACUGUUGACGAGAGGCCCGUUGGGCUUCCUCCAUGUGCUGGGCCUCGCGUGCUUCCGCUGUGGUCCCCCGGCUGCAGGGCUGUUCCUGAAGCUGGUGUCCGAGCUGCGGGACCUCUCCACGGAUGAGAUGGUGGGUCUCUGGCGACUGUCUUCCUGCAAAUGCCGAGACAACUGGGCGUGUGGGCCGCUGACGGACGCCCUGCCCUCCUGUGGUACUGGGCCCUGCGUGGGCCUCAUGAAGGGGCUCAUUGCGUCAGGAGAGGUGGCGGCCAAUGAGGCAGAGGCUUGGUCACUGGCCUUCAUCCCGCAGCCCACGGAUGCCACGGUCCACAUGUUUGCUGCCUUCCCUCUGCCCUUGCUAAGGCUAUUCAGGGCCGCCCAUCCUGACCGAAAGCAUGCGCCACGUGCCUGGCCCUGUCUCAGGCUGUGGCCUGGCAGGCCCUGCCCUGUGAGGGGUGUGCAGUAUUCUGAUCCUGUCUUUCUUCUCCUAGCAUCUGGCAGCCUGGGAGCCACCCUGGAGGGGGCCCUUCUCUUUUCUCCAGCCUCCUUCUUCCCCUUGCCCGGUUCUGCCACUGCUAACCCGACCGUCCAUGCCCUAGGCCGUGCUUUCAACCUCCUGGAGGUGGGGCUCCUGCUGGAAAAUGCAGAGGAAAUCGCCUUCAGGCUGUUUGGUCAGAAGUCAUUCUGGGGGCAGGAGGAGGAGAGAGGGGCCCAGCCAGAGAAGCCCCCAGAACCAGGGCCCACACCCCAGAAGGCCAACCCUGACUGACCAGGAGAAAGAUCCAGAAAGAUGAGCGCCGUGCAGCAGGAGGUGGGCCGGAGGCACAGGGCACAGCGGGUGCUGUGGUGUGAGCUGAGCGUGAAGGUGUUUGGGAAUGAGCUAAGCACUGUGAACUGCAGGGCGAUGCAGAACCACGUGAAGCACCGGUCCCUGAACCUGGCCGAGCUUGCGGCCGAGCUUCUGAAGGGGCAGGAGGCACAGGUGAGCCGGAGGCUGAGCCUGGCCGGGGAGGAGCUCACCUUUCCCACGGUGUCCGGCCUUCCUGCCCGGCUGACCCCGAAUGCCUCAGCCGCCGUCAGCAUCCGGGUCCGAGGGGCCGCAGACCUCCGGCAGCACUUGGAUUUCUCUGUGAAUGGUCACGUCAGGCCGAGCGCCCUGCUCCAUAUCCCAGCACAGAUGGGCACGGUGGGUGCUCUGGGGCAGGCUGGGCUGAGGUGGGAGCCUGGUGCCCAUGGCACCUUCAGCCUGGAUGGUGGGAUGCACAAGGAAGGGCCGGGACUUCAGAUGCUUCUGAACGUGCCUGAGGAGGCCGUGGAGCCGCUCAGCUCAGGCUCUAAGCUGUAUCUUGUCCCUGGGGAUGGCGUGAGGACCCUCAAUCACGUUCGCAGCCCUUCUGAGGCCCCAUCCUGUACCAACAAGGAGGAGUCCUGCACCUGGGGCUGGCGGCUGUGCACUGAGGUGACCUGGCCGGCACCGGGUCAGCCCUACCUGCUCUCGGUGCCUAUGUUCGUGGCCGUGACAUUGAAGAAACAGGACCGGGGGCUCCAUCAGUAUCUCCUGGAAGCUGCCUAUACCUUCCACCCUCAGAAGGACAGCUGGCUCCCCCGAUAAGCCUCAGCCCCCAUCUUCAUGGGCACGCCCAAGUCACAAGUGCCCAGGGACGUCGGGGUGAAUGUCCGCUACCGCUCGCCCCAGGGGGAGUCCCGGCUGCAGCUGCCCCAUCCCAGGAAGAAAAUUGAGCUGGACGGAAAGAUCGAGACCCUCCUGAAUGCCCGUGCGGGUCACCUGGCACUGAUCCCGGAUGGCAGGGACGUCCACUACAUCAAGGGCCGGAGUGAACUGUGGCCAGCAAGGGGCAGUGAGGCCCAAUGGUUCCAGGCCCAGCUGGAGGUGAAACUGGUGAGCGGCAGCCCUGUGGUCCUCGUCGGGAGCCUCAGCCAGCAGGCGGGAAGCCAGUUGGCCUUCUCUGUGUCGCUGAGCAACUAUUCCAAUGAAACGACCUCAGGGGCUGGCAUGGGCACGCUGGACCUGCAUGUAGAGAUGAGAAGUAGUUUCUCUCAGUGCCAUUGGUCCUUGCACACGUAGACUAAGAACAGGGACAUUGAGGCCACAUUGAAGGUGACCACAGUCGUGCUGCACCUAAAGGGUCUGCACCACGACAGAUCUCAGGGUGGGGAAAUCCAGCACAGCCUGGCCCUGGACGUGGCUCACUCCUCCCAGCUGUAGUUCCCCCAGGCCCUGAGUUUGAAUCGGGACAUUGUCUUCAGAUGGAGUCCCCAGGGAGCAUUUGACUGCAGCGUGGACACCCGGUGGGCUGCCAUCAACCACAUCACAUCCCAGGUGUCGGUCCAGCUGAACAGGUCUGACUCCCACGUGGUGUUUUUCUUCCAAUUCAGACAUCCCCACGGACCAACAUUUCCUCCCAAUUUACAGGUGCAGGCGGCUGCCAGGCGCUCCAAAGAGCACAGCCUCAACGGUUCCCUGUCUGUGCGCAUGUCCAGCCGGGAGCUGGUUCUGCCGGAGGCCGCCACCAGCCAGGACGCCCGGAGAAGCAGCCAGAGCUGUGUGAACAUUCUUCUCUGCCAGGCGGCCCUCAGAGCACCCAGCACUGUUCAGCUGCAGUUGUCCGGCAAGAGCACCCAGCCAGCUAGGAUUUGCCUGUUUUCCAGAGCACUACUGGGCCAGAACACAGCAGAGCUUUAUCUCAAGGCAUCUGAGUUGCAGAGGGGAGGCUGCGUCCUGACCCUGCAGAGCCAAGCCCGGCACACGGUGGUUGGCUGGGCAGCUGUGCCCUGCCUCUUGACCCUCAAGUGCAUGCUGAAGUGGACGGAGACACUCAGAGAGGGUACCAUCAGGAUCACUGCCAACUCAGCUGUGCUGGGCUUCCUCCUGCAGGAUAAGCAUGAGAAGGCAGGGAACGGCACCAGUGCACGCAGCGUGACCUGCAUCCUCAGCCAGAACAGCAGCCAGGCCUUGCCAGGAGAGCUCAAGCUGAGAGGGCAGCUGCGGGCCCAGACAGGGAGCCUCGGGAGCCAGGCCAGCGUCCAUGCCAAUGUGGCCAGCCUGGCUCUGGGUGGGGUCUGCACCUGGGGCCCCGGGCACGGCCAGCUCUCAGGCAGCCUGAGUCACAACAUCAGCACCUUGACUGCAGCAGGCGUCCCCUUGGAGGUAGGGAUGCUCCUGUCACACACCCAUGUGGCUUCCAACCUCUCAGUGCGCAUGGCACUGCAGAGUGUGGGGGGACAGCUGGGCGCCUUAGGCCUGGAGGGCCCGGCCCCCAGCACCCCAGGCCGCUGGCUCCACGCCCACCUUGGCCACACCCUGCUUGGCAUCAGGCGCUGGGGCCUCCCCUUCUCCUGGGACAGCCGUGGACACUUCCAGAGCACAACACACAGUCUGGUGGCUGGGCUGGUGGUGAGCGUGGACGGCGAGCUGCUUCCCAUCGCUCUGGGGAGGAGGGGACAGGAGCGCCAGGGGCUGGCCCUGGGGCUGCACCACUUCUCAGGGCUGCUGGGCACCCUGCCCACGAGGUUCAAGGUCAACUGCAGCCAUGGCGUCUCGCCUGCCCAGCUGUCAGGACUCUGCUGGGGGGACAUCACCGGGUGGCCUCUGGAGCUCUCCGUGGACCUUCAUGACAGUGGCUCCAGCUCUGAGCAUUCCAGAUGUGUCUCUGCGGGGCCCACUUCUCUGAACUACACUGUAAGCUGCUCUCACUUUCCCGGACACCUGGAGCUCUCUGGCCAGAGCGAGAACGACAGUAUGGCCCAUGCAGGGUUCCCAGGCAAGGCCCGCCUCAGCACCAAGCUGCACAUGCACGAGACCCAGACCCAGGCUAGCAAGGGCCUCCAUGGUGGAGCUGGUGUGGACGUGGCAGCCCUAGUGGCCUGGCCAAAGCAUGGCGUUCUGGAGCUGGUGGUGAAUGUCAGCCACACGGCACCUGCUCUUCAGAGGCUGGGCCUGCCCUUGGCCAGCCGGCUCCUGUUCCGGCAGCUCUGGGCAAAGGAAGAGAUGAGUUCUUCCCUGCAGCUGACCUGUGAUUCUCAAGCCAGCCUGCUCCUCGAUGUGCAUGGCCAGGUGAGGGAUUCUCUGCGCAAAGAGCUGCAUCUCUCAAGUCAGCAUCGCCUCCCUGCCCUCCUGGGCUGCUGCCCCUGCAGAGUCUCAGCCUCAGCCAAGAUAACGGUAGCUGAGGGGGAGGCCGGGAGCACCUUUGUCCUGGCAGCGGAGGAGCAUCACUUCCGCAUGGGCACCAGGCUGGUGGCUGCUGAGGCCGGUCUCAGUAACACCAUCAGGCUGGAGCAGACCUUCCCCCAGCUGAGCGCCCUCCCAGGGGAACUGGUCCUGCAGACCGUGUAUGAACGAGCCCAUGGAAUCCACGCCCUGCACCGGAUGGUCUGUGGGAUGGCCCUGUGGGAUGGCCAGGACGUGGCCCUCAACGGGAGCCUCUCUGGCCCCUUCCACAAGCCCAUUGGGAACCUCAGCCUGCAGGUGGAGCUCACCCACCCACUGGCCCUCUCCCUACCGCGGCACUGCAGCCUCUGCCUGUCCUCCAAGCCCUCAGGAUGCAGCCGCCGGGACCACCUGGCCAUGGGCUAGGAGGUCAAGGACCGGGUCGUGGUCUCCUCUCUGCGGCUGGAGACAGGCAAACUGGCUGCCCAGCUGGCCCUGGCUCACCCCUUCAGCCUGCCCUGGCAGUGUGCCGGGGUCAGCGGCCUUGCGGAGAGCAGGGUCAGCAGUCAGAGCCGGCAGGUACAGCUUGCCUGGAACAGAGGGAAGCCUGUUACCUUGCACCUCAGCUGGGCAGACAGGUCCUCGGCACGCAGCACCUUCUGGGGGGGCUGCCUGGCUGCCUCCCUGGGGCAGCUCCAGGAAACCUGGGGCCUGGGCACCCGCAGAGCCGGUGGGGCUUUAAUGCAGGGCCCAGCUGAGUUCGGUCAGCAGCUCGAUCUGUCGUGGGGCCAACGCCGGGUGCAGCAGAACCUGACAUAUGAGAGGCGCUGGCCUUCCCAGCCAGACAAGGUCCACGCAGAGGCCACGCUGGAGCAUGUCCUCACGGCCUCCUGCACCACACAGAGCUUCCGGGGAGAAGUGGAGACCAACUAUGCACACUGGCUGCGCGACUCCCUGCACCUGGGGCUCUGUGACCUGCCCAGGGCCCUCUCCAUCUCUGGGGAGCACACCCUAAGCCAUGGGGGGCUCCUACUACGUUCCCACUGCCAGUUGGGCCUUGCACCUGACCUGGACCAUGGCCUGCACCUCAGCCUGACCCUCCGCAACCACAGCAGGCCCCAGACGCCUGAUUUCUCCGGGGAGCUGGAGAUCCUCACGCCCAGGGUUCAGCGGCUUGGCCUGCUGGGCCGAAUCGCCACCUCAGUGCCUCAGAGCUUGGUCCCGCUGGAGGGAGAUGUGGGUGAUGGGGUCAAGAAGGUGAGGCUGUCAGUGUCCCAGGCCCAGAACCACCUCCAAGCCUCUGUGGCGCAUGAGGCAGAUGACCAGGAGGAGAGCUUGGUGCUAUGGGUAUGUGCCCACAGGCAGGUCGUGGAGGCGGAGGCCCUGCUCCAGGACAGUGGGCAGCUGGUCCAGCCCCUGGGACGCCUGACCCUACAGGCUGCCAACCAGAGCCUUCGUUUAGCUGUGCACGGCUGCCAGAGGUCCCUGCUGGGCCGUGUGGAGUUGAGGGCGCCAGGGCAGGGGGAGCAAGGUGAAGCCCGGCUGGAGGAAAAGAUCCGAAGCUUCGACGCCUACGUGAGAAGGUUCCAGCACUUGGUACAGCCGGCGGGCACCCUGGGCAGCGUGGCGGGCCCCCUCCUGCAGCUGUCUCAGGUGGGGCUAGGGGCUGUGCAGGCAAGUGGCCGGGCGGUGGCUGUGCGCUGGGGCCAGGCCAGGCGGGUGCUGACUCACCGCUUAGAGCUGCACCUGGAGGGGCUGCAGGCGGCCCUGGAGCAGCUGUGGAAGGAGCUGGAACGGCCCCUGGCCACACUGAAGGAUGCCUAUUUGGAGGUGACACUACGCUCCCUGGAGGAGGUGUGGCAGCAGCUGGUUGAGGAGGCCGUGCAGCAGCUGCAGGCCUGGGUGUCCAGGAUGCCAGGAACCUGGGGGUCCAGGCUCACUGGGGCAGCCCUCGAAGCGACAAGGGUCGCCGUGGAGCUGGUCACCCACCGGAUGCUGUCUUGGGCCAAUGCCACCUCCUCCUGGGCCCUGAGGCGGCUCUGCAAGCCCUUGGUGGACCUGCACAGCUUCUCGACCAGGAACUGCUCCGUGGUGGUGAUGAUGCCCCUGCUGCCCGCAGGGGAUGAGCCCCUGGGUGCGGCCCUGGUGACCAGUUACCUGGUGGAGGAGAAGCUGCUGCGGCCGCUCCGAGAGCUGUCCGGGGACAGCAUGCUGGCUGAGUACCCCCGGCUCAAACACCACCCGCCGGGGGGCCCCCCUGAGGAUCAUGCCUUGGGGGCCAGGGCCAGGUACAUGGUGACCUUCGAUGGCCAGAUGUGGGAUUUGGGUGCCAGCUAUGGCAGCCUGCUCCUGGCCAAGGACUUUGCUCAUAACCUCUUCUCCCUGAUGGUGAGCCGGGCAGGCUCAGGGCUCACAUCUCUGUCCAUGGAGCUGAAGCACACCACCCCCAUCCUCUACCCCAGCCUGGAGACCUGCAGGCUACACGACGCCUCCCUACCUAUGGGGAGCUGUCCGGACCUGCAUCUGCCUCCCACCAAGACAUGGAAACAUGUCCCCGAGGUCGAGCUGACCAGUGCAGAUGGUGUCUCUGGCUCCUGUGACGUCCAAGCUGGCCUCUGCAACCUGAUGUGGGGCCUCUGGCUCCAUGGUGAGUCUGCCAGCCUUCUGGGCACCAGCGACAAGGAGGCCGGCAAUGAGCUGAUACUGCCCAAUGGCAGAGUGGCCAGCAGCCUCGAGGAGUUCCCCCUGGCCUGGCGGGUGGGUGACGACUGCGGGGCCACAGAGGAAACUCAGCGUUGCCCAGGACGAAGCCCCACCUGCCAGGCCUUCUUCCAGGACCCACACUCCCGUUUGGGAAACUGCUUCAGGGUGGUGGACCCCAUGCCGUUCCUCAGCCUGUGCCUCCAGAAUGCCUGUGGCACCCAGGAGCUCCCACCUGCUUGCACGCUGGCAGCCGCCUACAUCCACCUGUGUGCCCGGGGCUUGGUGCCCCUGGACCCUCCUCCACUGUGCGGUAGACUGCCCUGGCCAGCAAGCACUCCGACCUCUGCCUUCUGUCCCAGAGGGGAAACCAGGUCCUUCCUCUUAGCUCACUGAGUGCCUGUGCCCCUGGCAGGAGCUAAGAGUUCAUUGCAAAGGAGUAGUUCUUAGGCUCCCCACUCCACACCAGGUCUAGCCAGCCCUACAGCCUCUGGCACAAGGCAGCAGCUAUGAUG